AUGGAUUGUUUUACUGCAACGAUUAAAGACGAGGAGCUGCUGCAGCACUUCGGCUGCCUCCCUCCUCUUCCUCCCCAGCAGCAGCAGCAGCAGCAGCAGCAGCAGCAGCAGCAGCAGCAGCAGCAAGGGAAUUUGCUGCUGCUGUCUUGCGGCGGGGGCACCCUUCAUUUUGCUGAGGGUCAGCGUUUGCUGCUAAGUGAAGAACAAAUUGUUUGGAUAAGAAAUUCAUUUCAGCAGCAAAUCUGCAACCUCCUCAUGGCUGGCGAAGGUCCUCUUUGCUUCUCGCCUUACCUCCGCAAGCUGCUACUGGCUGAGCAGCAGCAGCAGCAGCAACAGCAGCACCAAGCACACUGGCAGCAGCAGCAGCAGGUGCUGCAGCAGCAACAGCACGAGGACGAAUGCAUAGCCUGUAUGUUGAGGGCAGCAGCGCAGCAGCUGGGUGUUGCUGCUGCUGCUGGUGCUGCUGCGGCUGCUGUGCAGUAUCAGUGCAGCAUCGACGCUGCUGCAUUGGAGCUUGCGGCCCAUUCAGCCUGCACAGCAGCAAACCCCGACAAGCAGCAGCAGCAGCAACAGCAGCAGCAGCAGCAACAGCAGCGGCAACAGCAGCAGCAACAUCAGAACGGUUGGUGCGGCAUGUGCUCUUCUGCUGCUGCUUGUCAAAGGCAGCGGCUAGCUGCUUCCCUAGGGAUUCUAUCACUUCAGCAGCAGCAGCAGCAACAGCAGCAGCAACAGCAGCAGCAACAGCCGUUUGGGGCAGCAGAGUUGCAGAGGAGCGUUUUGCUGCACCCUUUGUUAAUUUUGCAGCGACUUUCGUGCUGCAGCAGAGAGCAGCAGCAGCAGCAGCAGCAGCAGCUUUCAAACUGCCUGAGGCCCACUGCUGCUGUUGUUGCUGCAGCAAUAAAGCUUGCUGCUGUUUAUGCUGCAAGGCUGCCGGAGCUGCAGCAGCUGAGCUCCCGCUGUCUGUACACCCCAAGUAUGGGUUCUUUCCUUCGUGCUGCUGCUACUCUAGCAGCAGAACAGAAACAGCCUGCUGCUGCUGCUGGUGCUGCUGCUGUUCUUGACCUCCCCAGCAGCAGCAGCAGCAGCAGCAGAGCAACUGCAGCAGCAGCAAGCAGCAGCAAAAAUCGCAGCACUUUAGAGGGAGGAAGCCUGGAGCCCUCAAUCGCGUCUGCUUUGCUGCUGCUGCUGCAAAGUAAAUCUGAGGAACAACCAGCAGCAGCAGCAGCAGCAGCAGCAGCAGAUGGCGAGAUAGUAUGCUUCUCUGGUAUAAAGCUGCUAGCAGAUGCAGCAAAUUAUUAUUUGAAGCGCUGUGCUGCUGCUGCUGCUGCUGCAUCACUAACGACGCUGCUGCACAGGGCCCCGCCUCCUCUUCCUGGCAGCUGCUUCUUGACGUUGCCGCUGCAGCUGCUGCUUGCUGCUGCUGGAUUAGUCCUUCCUCCUGCUGCAGCACAGCAGCAACAGCAGCAGCAACAAAUGGUGCUGUUGGAGCAGGCGAAAGAAGCACGCGAAUCUUCUUUGUGUGAAGUGCGGGUAGAUUGGCUGCUGCAGCGGCUGCAGGACGAGGCUGACGCAGCCCUGCAGCAGCAGCAGCAGCAGCAGCAGCAGCAGCAGCAGCAGCAGCAAGAAGCCUUUGCUGCAGCAGGAGUUCUAGAAACCGUGCGCUUCGCUGUUUUGUCUUUGGGUCAGGAGGCGCUGCUAACCGCCAUCGCCAACUGCUCCGUUUUACUUGGCUGCAAUUUGCUGCUUACCUUCCGUACACCAGAUGAGGGCGGGGCGCUUCCUGCAGCAGCAGCAGCAGCAGCAGAAGCAGCAGCAGCAGCAGCACCAGACGUACCCUCAAGAGGGAAACAGUGGCUAUCUGCUGCCCCUCGUGCUGCUGCUGCUGCUGCUGCUGCCGGAGGUCGCAGCUACCGCAGCCGUUGGCUGAUGCACCGGCAGCACACCCCUGUAGCAGCAGCAUCAGCAGCAGCCGCAGCAGCAGCAGCAGCAGGAGCAGAGUCUGCUGCAGCAGCAGCAACGCUGCUGCUGCAGUAUUGGGAGACGCAGCUGCUGCUGUGCUCAGUUCCUGCUGCUUACAUCGAUUUGGAAUGUCGCCGCUGGUUAGCGUUGCUGCACCCUGAAGAAAGCCGCAUGCAGCUGUCUUCUGCUGCUGCUGCUGCUGCUGCUGCAGCAGCAGCAGCAACAAGUGCUGCUGCUGCUGUUGAUGAAGAAGGAAAAGAAAGCAAAGCAGAGUUUCAUUCUACGCAUGCAGUGCUGCAGCAGCUGCCGCGCUGGUGGCUAACGACCUUAAGGCCUCCUGCUGCUAACAGACGCAGCAGCAGCAGCAGCAGCAGCAUCAGCAGCAGCAAUAGCGCCUGCGCACCUGCAACAGCAGCUGCAUCAGCAGCAGUAGGACAGAUGCAGCACCUGGGGCUGCUGCAGUAUCCUCAAAAGGCUGCAGCAGCACGGCGUCUGCUGCGGCUGCCGUUUGCUGCUGCUGCUGCUCUGCGGUGUAUGGGCACAUACCAACGUGCAGCCGUGAGACAAAUAGCAGCAGCAGCAGCAAAGGCUGCUGCUGCUGCAGCACAGCGGCGGGGAAUUAUCCUAAGGCGGUUUUAUCGCCUUAGGAAGAAGGCUCCUACGACAGCAGCAGCAGCAGCAACAGCAACGGAUGCAGAAGCCGGCGAAGCAGCAGCAGGAAGUAGUGCUGCAGUGCAGCGUGCUGCUUCGGGUCAAUGGCAACAGCAGACGCAACAAAAGCAGCAGCAGCAGCAGCAGCAGUUGCUGCAGCAGCAGGUGCAGCAGCUGUGGAAGGGCCUCCUCUCUCAGCCCACCGGCUGUUUGGCGCUGCAGUCUGCAGCAAAGCUGCUGCGGGCUCUCCCCCCAGCAGCAGCAACAGCAUCUGCACCAGCAGCAGCAGCAGCAGCAGAAGCACCCGCAGACCCCGCAGCAGCAGCAGCAGCAGCACCAGCUGCAGCAGCAGCAGAAGUUAAGGAGCUGAUUAUGGGGCUGCGCGAACUUGUGCAAUCUGUGCGGGUACUACAGAAGGACCCCCGCUCAGCAGCUAUUGCUGCUGCUGCUGCUGCUCCUCCUUCUGCUGCUGUUGCUGCUCCUUUUGCAGCUGCUGCUGCUCCUGGUGCUGCUGCUGCUGCUUCUUCUGGUGCUGCUGCAGCAGGGAUUUCUUCUAUGGCUGGGCGAGCACCGCUGGAGGCUUCAGCAGUGGCGACUGCAGCCGUUGCUGCUGCUGCUGUUGCAGCUGCAGUGGAGAGGCUGCGAGUGCUGCUGCGCUGCAUUGCUGCUGCUGCUGUGCGCCGUGCAGUCAGCAGCAAGACAAGGAUUAUUGCCUCCCUGCAUCAGCAGCAGCAACAUCGGCAGGUGCUGCUGCUGCUGCAGCAGAAGCAGCUGCUUCCACCUGCCUCACAACUCGCCCGGCGCUUUCUUCUCGAAGCUGCUGUCUCCUUCUCGUGGCCGUUUGUCUCUGUCCCCAAGCUGGUCUUGCUUCCAACCAGCAGCAGCAGCAGCAGCAGCAGCAGCAGCAGCAACAGCAGCAAUACCAGUAACACUGACAGCAGAAGCAUCAGCAACAUCAUCAGCAGCAGCAAGGACUGGCAGCAGCAAGUGCAGAGUUUCUGUGCAAUAUCUGCUGCACUGCAGCAGCUGCUGCAGCAGCAGGUUAUUUUUAUCGUUGGGGGUUAUUCCUACUGUCUCUCUCGCGUUUGCUGCAGCAUUUUGUCUCCUUGCUGCAGCAGCACAGGCUCAGGGGUGUAUGGGCAGAUGCCGCAGCCGUUGCUGCUGCAGCAGAAGCGUUUGCUGCAGCAGCCCUGUCGCGGUAUUUUUCUUGUAGGGUAUCCUACAGUUAAGUCACCGACUCCUUAUCUUUAUUCUGUUUUGCUGCAGCAGCAGCAGCAGUAUUUGCAGCAGCAGCAGCAGCAGCAGCAGCAGCAUUUGCAGCAGCAGCAGCAUGUGCAGCAGCAGCACGUCUACACGGACUUCUUCCCUCCGCUAAAAGAACAACAUCAUUAUCUUUCGCUGCAGCAACAACUGCAACAGCUGCAGCAGCAUCAGCAACAACAGCAACAGCAACAACAGCAUGCGGAGCAUGCGCUGCUUCUUCAGUUGCAGCAGCAGCAGCUGCAGCAGGAAUUGCAGCAGCUGGAAGCAGAGUUCGCGUACUGGGCGCAGCAGCUGCUGCUGCACCAUCGCUAUUUAUUUGGAGGUGCUUCAAUAACAAUUCCUUUUAAAGAGCUGUCUCUCGGUUUAGUAGAUAAAGCAAACUCUUCAGCUGCUGCAGCAGGAGCCGUAAACUCUGUCUUUUGGAGUCCAUCUGGGACCCUCCUCGGUGCAAAUACAGAUGCAUAUGCAAUUAAAGAAGCUCUUAGAAGACAUAAACAGCCAGAGGACGUGUGCUGCAUUUUGCUGCUGGGGGCCGGGGGAACAGCCAGGGCUGCGCUUGCUGCAAUAUCGCAGUGGUGCAGCAGCAGCAGUAGCAGCAGCAACAACAACAACAGCAGCAGCAGCAAGAGCGGCAGCAGCAGCACCAUCAACGGCAGCAGCAGCACCACCAUCACCACCAUCAACAGCAGCAGCAGCAGCAGCAGCAGCAGCAGCAGCAGCAGCAAAUGCUGCUGCAGCAGCAAAGGCGUACGGGUUUUAAUUCUUAACCGUACUAUAAAAAGAGCAGAAACACUUGCAAAUGAAUUUGACGCUGAGGUCGUCACCUCUCUUGAAGCCUUAAAGGGAGCCCACAUCGACGUCAUCAAUAACUAUUAUGUUUAUUUCUUUCUUAUUAUUAUAACAAUUUAA